AGUUUGCUAAACACCUGGCAGCAAAUGAACCAAACCUGGAGAAGCUGCUGAUUGAACAUACCAGCAGGAUUUGUUUCAGUUAGAGGAACAGGUUGACCAGAAGAAAACCGAGGUCCUGAAUCUCAGCAACGAAAAGGAAGGUCUCUUCCAGGAACUCAGAGAGACCACGGGCCAGCUGACCAGCAAGGGAGGUGAACUCCUACUGACUGAGGCAGCUUGGCAGAAAAGAUUCAACGAGCUGAAGGACAACGAAGAACAACAGCGGAUGGAAUCCCACGAGCAGGUCAAUCAGCUGAAGCAGGAGAUGCAUCUCAGAGACUCUGAGAUCUUGGAUCUCAGCAAGAAGAAUGACAGCCUUUCUCUUACGCUGACAGAGACAACAAGUCAGCUACAGAGCAAAGAAGCCGAACUCUCACAGUCGGACCGAGCCUGGCAGGACAAGCACGACGCUCUUGAGGACAGGAUGACAAGAUCUCUGGCCGAAAAAGACCAGAGCUUGGAUUCGCUGACGCUUAAGAUGCAUCUCAGAGUCUCUGAGAUCUUGGAUCUCAGCAAGAAGAAUGACAGCCUUUCUCUUACGCUGACGGAAAUAACAAGUCAGCUACAGAGCAAAGAAGCCGAACUUUCACAGUCGGACCGAGCCUGGCAGGACAAGCACGACGCUCUUGAGGACAGGAUGACAAGAUCUAUGGCCGAAAAAGACCAGAGCUUGGAUUCGCUGACGCUUAAGAUGCAUCUCAGACAGCUCUGCAAAGAGAAGGACAGAAUCUCUAAGAACCUCAGAGAGACUGCUGACAUGAUGCGUACAGUGGCGAUGAACUCUCGUGAAAGAUACAAAGCGCUGACCAACCAAUUAAGAAAGAUGGUCUGACAAAACAAGAGGAGCAGACGGAGAAGAAGGAAAAGAAGAAGGGUUUGCUUUAGCUGGUUUUGCAAGAAGACGUUGUGCCGAUGACACAAGAGUGGUUGAGGAGGCUGCUUGUUGAUCAGCUCAAGAUGGGACAACAAUAGCUCUCUCUUCCUCCACCCUUCACUUCUUCACCCUCCAUCUCUUUCACCCCUCCUCCAUCUCCAUCACCCCUCCUUCUAUCCACCUUCCCUCCAUCCCCCUCCACCCUCUCAUCCCAUUAGUCCAUCCCUUUGGUUUUGCUCCUGUUGAUCAGGUGUCCCACAAUUAAAAUGUACGAAUUUGAGGCUUGUAGUGAAAUACAGUCAAAAGUUCGAUCAUAUAGGGUGUUCUCAUGGUGAUCAGGUUUCUCCCAAAUAUUAUAUAUAUAUAUAAUAUAUACUAGAUGAAGAUUUGGAUAGGGUGUCUCCUGGUGAUCAGGUUCUCCCUUAAUCCAAGUAUACACCAAAUCAAAUAAAAAAUAAUGAUCAUA